AUGGCGGCGAUGAUGACGGAGGCCGUGGCGGAGACCGCGAUGGCGACCGCGAUGGCGACCGUCGCUGAACGCAUAAGUCACCCUGACUCUGUACGAGACGUGCUGUUGACUCGCCUGUACGAGUGCCGGCGCCUAUGCUGUCUGUUUUACGAUCUGGGUCUUGUCAUGUAUACCUGGGCCUUCGUGUACAUAAUCGAAAUCGCCCAGAAAGACCACUGUCAUUGGUAUUAUUGUUAUGCCGGGAUGUGA